CUGUUUGUUCCUAGUUUAUUUUCCCGUGUUGAAUUAAUGAACGUGUAUUCGGAUGUAUUAUCUUAAAUUAAACCGUAUCAUAGGUGUUGCAGCUUUUUUAGGAACAACUGUGUAAAUAUAGACAACUGCGAAGUAUUAUUUUGACUCUGCGCAGUUGAUUGAAAUGCCGAACUUAAGUCAGAAUCAAGCCAUCGCUCCAGUUGACUGAACGAAUUUCACAAUGUCAAGACCUCAUUUGGUAAGAGUUAUAUUUUUAGUCGUGCUGCUUAGUGUUGGCACCCAAGCGAAGCCACUUCGUGGCGGAAAAAGAUCCUUCGGCAUGGGCUUGCUGGGAGGCGCAUUGAUGGGUGGCGUCGUUGGCCAUGCGGUCGCCAAGAGUUCGGCCAAAUCAGCAGCUCCAGCAGCUGCGCCAGUGGCUCAGGUGGUGGAGAAUGGAGUGCCAGAUGCAAAUGGAUGCUAUAAGCAAACGAUUAAAGAGCCUGUUGCGGGUCAUCGUAAAUUAUACACCGAAACUGUUCAUCUCGUCUGCCCCAAUGGAUUACCACCUGCAACUCCACAGCACGUGGUGCCAGCGCAAGCUGCUCCUGUGGGAUGGAAUGUUCCUGCAGCAUCACAACCAACUCCAACUUUGAACUACACACACAGCGUCAAUGCCACGCAAACGAAUGGCACGCAGCAGCACACGGUCCUGUUACAUCCUAGACCAGCUGCAGUUCCUGCAGCUCCGGCACCAGCGCAUCCUUCUGGCGUAACCGUCGUGUACGCAGCACCUCCAGCAACACCUAUUCAACAUGCGGUGCCAGCCGCACCUCCUCGCGUUGUGCUGUUGUCCAAGUCAAUUAAGAAACAGAGAUCAGCGGCAGCUUCGCUGAACGUUUCAUAUGGACUUCUACUUCUCGUAGUGUUCUAUUGUUUAUUAAGAAACUGAAAUGCUUAGAUUAAAGUAACAUCAAUUCUAAGUUUUAAAAAAUAUUACAAUAUUCACUCAAUAAACAACACGUGGGCCCACGUAUAUAU